AAUUUAAGUGCUCCAACGUUGCGGUCAAAACGAAAUUGUGUUGGACUCUAGCCAUAAGCAAAGCAAAUAAAUCGGCAAUAUACAUAGUUUAUAGUAUAGUAUACAUACAUAUAUAUACGUAUAUAUAUGUAUAUGUGCAAAUCAGCAGACGCCAACAGACGCCAAAGCAAUCAAAUUGUUCAGCAUGUUUGCUUCUCUGCAGCGCUUAUCCGCACUUAAAACCCUUGGACGGCUUAAGAUCACGCCAAUUUAUCCAACGGCCAAUAAUUCCUACAACCCUUCCAAUGGCCAAAUAACACCGUAUCAUCAGCAACAGCAACAACAGCAGCAGCAAAAUGAGCACGGUUAUUACAAGACCACAAUACCCGUUGGCGUUGGCAGCGGCGCUAAUAGCGGCAAUGGCAGCGGCUCUCACUGCUCUCACUGCCAAACAGCUGUUUUGUGCUCACGCGCACUCGCACCCGAGACAACCAUAAGCAACAACAACAACAACAAAUCAGCGACAACAACACAGCUACUCUCCCACACAAACUCACACACAAACAUAAACGCAAGCACGAGCACAACCAGCUGCGAUUGUGCUGCUACUGCGAAAUGGCGCAGUAGUCGUGUGUGUAAAAAUCAUACGACUACAACGACAACGCUCGAAUAUGAACUUUCCAAUUUUGCAAAACUCAAAACACAAAUCAGUACGCAACGCGACGUUGACGAGGCAACAGCAGCACCAAUAGCGACAGCAACAGUAGAGGCAGCUUUGCCACCACCAAUAUUAUCCUCAAGCCACUGGCAACAGCUACAACAGAGCCUCAACGAACUACACCAUCACAAUCAGCAGCAGCAACUACUAAUUGGCAAUACCAGCACCAACAAUCUGCAACAGCAACGCAACUUUAGCACGAUGAGCAACAACAAGGACAAUGAUCUGCAACGCGAUCGCCUCGGUCUUUGGGGCACCGGCGACAAUGAGAUCGCGGGUAAUCUAUCGGGACUCGAUCGUCUGUACAACAAACGCUUCAGCAAGGGUCUAGCCUUCACACACGACGAGCGUCAGGUGUUGGGCAUCCAUGGCCUCCUGCCGUAUACGGUGCGCACCGAUGAGGAGCAGGUGAAGCACUGCCGCUUGUUGUUGAAUCGCCUGGAGAACGAUUUGGACAAGUACAACUAUCUAAUUGGACUGUCAGAGCGCAAUGAGCGUCUCUUCUUCAAGGUGCUUAGCUCGGACAUUGCUCACAUGAUGCCGCUGGUGUAUACACCGACCGUGGGAUUGGCAUGCCAGAAGUACAGUCUGGUUUUCCAGAAUCCCAAGGGCAUGUUUAUCUCCAUCAAGGACAAGGGACACGUCUACGAUGUGCUAAAGAACUGGCCCGAGAUGGAUGUGCGUGCGAUUGUUGUCACCGACGGUGAACGCAUCCUGGGUCUGGGCGAUCUAGGCGCCAAUGGCAUGGGCAUACCUGUGGGAAAACUAUCGCUAUACACGGCUCUGGCCGGCAUCAAGCCGCAUCAGUGUCUGCCCAUCACAUUGGAUGUGGGCACGAACACUCAGUCCAUUCUGGAUGAUCCCCUCUAUAUGGGACUGCGUCAGACUCGCUCUACGGGCGAUGUCUACGAUGAGUUCGUCGAUGAGUUCAUGCGCGCCUGUGUGCGUCGCUUUGGCCAGAACGUUCUCAUCCAGUUCGAGGACUUUGGCAAUGCCAAUGCCUUCCGUCUGCUCUCCCUGUAUCGCGACAAGUACUGCACAUUCAAUGAUGAUAUCCAGGGCACCGCUUCGGUUGCCGUCGGCGGUCUCUUGGCCUCGCUGAAGAUCAAGAAGACAAAGCUGAAGGACAAUGUGAUGCUAUUCCUGGGCGCUGGCGAGGCUGCUCUCGGCAUUGCCACGCUGUGCACGAUGGCCAUGAAGGAGGAGGGACUCAGCGAAGAGGAAGCCAAAGCUCGCAUCUGGAUGGUCGACAGCCGUGGCGUGAUUGUUCGUGAUCGUCCAAAGGGUGGCUUGACCGAGCACAAGCUGCACUUCGCUCAGGUCAGCUCUCCAAUUGAUACACUGCUGGAGGCGGUGACCAAGGUGCGUCCGAAUGUGUUGAUUGGUGCCUCGGCACAGGGCGGCGCCUUCACCAAGGAGAUUCUAGAGAAGAUGGCCGAGAUCAAUGAGACACCCAUUAUAUUUGCCCUGUCGAAUCCAACCAUCAAGGCUGAGUGCACCGCCGAGGAGGCCUACACUUUCACAAAUGGCAAAUGCAUCUUUGCCUCCGGUUCACCCUUCCCUCCCGUCACCUACAAUGGUCUCAAGUUUUUCCCCGGCCAGGGCAACAACUCGUACAUCUUUCCGGGUGUGGCACUGGGCGUUCUCUGCGCCGGUAUGCUAACCAUACCCGAGGAAGUGUUCCUCAUUGCGGCCCAAGUCCUGUCCGAUCUGGUUUCCAAGGAGGAUCUGGACAAGGGCAGCCUGUAUCCGCCACUCGAAACGAUCGUCAACUGCUCGCUGGCCAUUGCCGAGAAGAUUGUGGAAUAUGCCUUCAGCAAUGGACUGGCCACCGUAUCUCCCGAACCCAAGAGCAAAUUGGCCUUCAUCAAGGCCCAAAUGUACGAUCUCGACUAUCCGCGUGCCGUGCCCCCCACCUAUCACCUGUAAAUAAUUCCGGCCAACGUAUCUCCUGUCCAUGUCGUACUCAGUUUGCCUGCUGCAUUCCAUUUGCUACGAAUUUAGCCGCGGGCAUCAAAAUGAAAGGAACAAAAAACCAUGAAAACAGCAACAACAUGCAUAUGUUAUUUAUUUUAUAGUGUCACACAUCUUUUUAGCAUCAUUUAACUCACAUAUAUACACACAAACACUCCUUAACUGCCCCACCCAACACUCUAUUUUUGUUUGCUGGCCCAAGUUAAUAUUUGAUUGAAGUUUUUACUAAAUUGAAAGUUACAUUUUUAUGAUAUGAUAACGAGAUCU